AUGCAGGCUUCCGGAGCUGAACCCAACAAUGGACAUCCUUAUGAUGACCUACAGUUAUCCACUAUCCAGUCUUCACCGUCCGAAGACCCAGCAGGAAACCAAAUUUACCAUGAAAAAGAUGAAAGAAGACGACAACAACCUACCAAAAAUAUUGCUAUAAGUCGUCAUGUCUUACCCGCUAUGAUAGCUGUUCUGGCCUUAUCCUUCUUGACAAUGGUUGCUACAUUGAUUUUAACUAUAAGGAUGAUGCCUACAGGAGCAAGUGAAACUAAAGGUAAUUUUUAGAUACUAAUUUGAAGUGAUUUUCUGUAACUCUGGCAGGCUCAAAGUUUGAAAAUUAGAUUCGACUUUUACCCUUAUACCACGGUACCUCGAUUCGGCUAAUUCUUGGUAUGUAGUCUUGAAAUGGUGUCCUAAAACUGAAUUGAUAUUGAUUUAUUCGAUUUGAAUUCUCUUAUCUUUACUUUGAAAUAUAUCGAGAGGAGUCUUCGAGGAACCGCAGUACUCCCUCUUAAGGCAUUAAUUCAGGGGCACCCAACGAGGAUAUAGUUCAAAACCACUUAACAUAGCAUUUUUGAACGUAUUUUAGUAUUUAAACGGUAGAUAUAGGCAUAUUUUUAUCCCCUAAAAAAUUUUCAUCUGUUCGGAUUUCCUAGCUGAAAGUCUAGUGAUCCUAAAAUGAUAGGUAUCAAAACUUAGGCUUCCGAAAAUUCUAGGUGGCCUUUUUUUAGGGCAAAAAUCCGUUAAAAAUGAGUAAUUAUACCAUUUUGUAGAUGUUCGAAAAUCCUAGGAGAGGCAGGUAAGCAAGAAAUUUUACAACAAAUGUUCCGAAAAUUCUAGAUUUCAAAUCUUCUUCCGAACAGAUAUUUUCCGAAAAUUGCUGUUGGAUGCCCCUGUUAAUUGAGGCUUUUUCGCUGAACAUAAUCUAAUCAUUACUGAUACAGCUGUAAAAGACUAUCCUGUACUACUGAUCUACUAACAUUAGCAUGAAAACAGUUAAGUCUAUGAUACGAACGACUUAAACGCCAAACAGCAUAUUUUAGGUACUUAGAAUGUAUCGCCCAAUGUAAGGUAAUCCGGAUUCUGGAAUCCGGGAAAUUUUUGCGUUUGGAAUCCGAAAUAGGAAUUCAUAGCGGAUAAGGAAGCGAAAUUAUUGAGAGCUUGCUCGCAGGCUAUGUACGUAUUUGGCAAUAUAAUUAACAAAAUGAUAUGGACAGCCAUCAAUGACACAGCCCCUUUUUUACGCCCUUUUCUCUUGCCGGUUUAAACUUCCCGCGUGGCUCUAUAAUUCGUUUUACCCUCAGGAUAAACAUGAACCAGUUCUUCCUUAAUUAUACCGGGGUGUUUCCCCAGUAGCAAAUCCAAAAAGUGCUUCUUCUUCUACCAUAUAUGUCUCUGGUCAAAUUGGUAUUAGAAGCUUCAAUGUAAACUGAUUAUUUAUCUGUUACACAGGCAUGGCUGAGGAGAUACAACAGCUGAUCGAGUUAAGUCAUAAAAUAAUAGCUUCGAAGGCAAAUGAAACUGGAAGAGAACCUAGACUGUGUGAUAAAGGUAGGGUGAAGCCAGCUUGCAGAAAGUAAAGAGUAGAAGUUGUAACCAAACUGAUCACUCCUUUUCCGAAACCAUAUUUAUCUUGAAGAGAAAAUUAAUUUUAUGUAGUAAUAGUCAUUGAUAUAGAUUGCAAGUUCUAUGAAGUUCUGUGAAGGAAUGAGUGUCUUAAUUACUUGAUAGGAGAACCCGAGGUGGUCCCGUUACGUUUCAUUAGAAAGGGGUUGUAUGAGAUUUCUACCAAUUCUAGAGUAAGACUACCCUACAAUCAUGGAAAAAAGUCUUGGGACAAGUUUGUUCUUUUAACACUUUUUUACACACACACACGCACACCAAACAAACAGUCGCUUGCGAAUGCACCUAGACUUGCUCAGCACCUCCCCCUCUACCUACAAUGUGGGCCAUUCUACACCAACGCAUGUUAGAAAGGGUAGGCAUUGCUUGUUCAAACUUCAGUUGUAAAAUAUUUACACUAGAAAUACGUGUCUCGCAAAGCCUCGAGGAAACUCAGUGUGCCACUCAAGUUAAACUUGCUUGACGGGGUUGGAGAUAUCUAUAGAGCCUACUUGUGUUUCUGCAUCGCGGUGCGAAGCUCGCACGUUCCACGCGCGAGUUAGGAACCUCGGCUACGCGAGGGCCUUCCAUUCUCUCUCCGCGAGGAGUAAUUCAUGGCCUAACCUUAUCGUCCUAAGGAGUUUUGGAUACAAUUGUAGAAUUAAACUACUUACACUCGUUGAUGCAAAAAUGGCCGCUCCUGCCUCUAAGCAUAAGCGUACGGGAAGCGCAAGAAAUUGAAUUUGACUUAAUUCUGAUUGACCUGAAUGAUGGAUAAGUUGCAGUGUUAUUUGUCGUCUGUCGGUUAUUAGCUGUGAGGACUCUAAUUUCUAUUCAUCUUUUGUCACAGUUACAACGGUCGUUUGAAUUUUAUUGUUAGUCAAAUUGUCAGUUGUCCAUUCACUCUACUGAAGCCAGUCUUGCUUGAGGCCGUUGAUGAGUCGUUUUGAAGGUGCCGGUAACUUCUGACUACUAUUCAGCUGCGUUUGUUCCCAGUUGGUAAAUCAGCUUUCUAAAGUGAAUCGUUGAUAGCAGUCUGAGAAAUACGUAAGGCAGGUCGUAGAGCCAGUGUCGAUUUGGUGGUUCGUCUGUAACUGGUGUUCAACAAUGACAUCAUAGCCAUAAACAUCACGGCUUAACUGACAGAUGAACAACAACAUCACGACUUAAUUUACCAGCCAGAUCUAUAAACUACGUCUAUAACUAGAAAUACGUGUAUCGCAGAACUUCGAGAGGCUCAGGCCCAUAAAAUGACAGGGAUGGGAGGGCGGGAUUCAACACUGGCUCUAAUAUGACUAAUAUUGGAAGGUGAGAUGUACUUAAUCUCCUUUUGGUUGGAGUAAAUUUGGACCCAGUUCUUUGGCUAAAAGGAUCUUCUUUGAUUUAAAUGGGAUUGCUGUUGUCGUGAAAGGUAGCCAAUGUUGCAUUAGUCCCGUGUUCACCUCAUUUGACCCUUCUACAUGUGUAAUUAUAGUAAAAGGAAAUGGGUGUGAUAGUGAAUAACUGCAAGCUAAUAUGCAGUUGCAUUUGCUUAAUAUUUGGGUUAGAUGGCAUCUCUAAUAAUAAGUGUAAUUAUAAUUCACCAUUUGUGAAGUGUGUCAGUAGUAGUGAGUGGAUGAAAUUGUAGGAGAUUAUGCUGCGGUGAAAACAACAAGUAAAUGCUGGUAAUUGAAGGAAAAAUAUAUUAUAUUGUUAAGUGCGCUACAGCAAUGAGACUGUUUGCACUUGUUUUAGUUCAUAAUCACACUGACAACUAAUUGUUUGUAAGUAACAGUAAGGUGCAAACAUAAUCACUGAAAUAGAAAUUACAUGCAGCAAUGUCUUAGGGGUGCAGUUCAUGAGAAUUAUGAAAGUGAUCACGACUAUUAAACGCAAGAGUGAAUUAUGAAAUGUCCACGUACAAGUCAUGUUGAAGGUGGUCAGUUUCUCAAUUCUCAACACGCAUGAGCUUGUUGAGAAAUGGUUGCCAGAGGCAUAGGUUUUGAAAUUCCUAAACUGAUCAUGACAGCCAAAUGUACACUUUCCUGACCAAAUGAAUUGACAAUUUGUGCAGACAAUGGCUUCUAAACUCCGGUAGAAACCUCGUGUACUGGACACAAAUGACGUAAAACAAAACGCUGCUUUGUUUUCUGUUCAGGGAAAAAUCUGCUUGGUAUUGUUUCAUGGUUUUUGUUCUUUUGUUUUACGUCAUCUGUGUCGGGUACACGAAGUAAAUGACCAAACUCCCAUCACAGCCGGCUAUCCUCUCCACCCAUUUAUUACAUGAAUUUAUCGUGAAUGUAAAGUGCAGAAUGGAUAGAUCUUAUAGGAAACCCUAUAUCUGCUUGUCGUUUAAUUUCAUGAAACAAUAUUCUGCCAAUGGAACAUGUUUAACUUCUGUGAGUAUGUCUCCUCCCUCUGACUUCUUUGAAAGAGUUAAAUUUUCCCUGAUUCAUAUUGUCAUACAUGUCGCACACUAAUAUUCUGAGGAGAUCCGAAAUACACAUGUUAUUUUGAUUUCUCAAUCUCACAAGCUCAUUUAAGUUUUACAUCCCCUUAUGACUACCACUCACUACUCACCCCACCCCUCCCCAUCGAACGCACUCCCCAAAUUAGCAAUUAUUACUAGUAUAAACCUAUUGCUUUUUUUGCUCUUCUCGUUGCCGUCGCCGUCACCGUCGUCGUUGCUCAAGCUCCCUAUUGUUGUGAUCUGGUAAUUUUGCUACCAUGGUAGCGUGACGUCACACGUCUCGUCUCUAUUUUAAAUAAUUUUAAGGUCAUCUUUCCUGAACAGCUAAGAACUGUGCUGAGCUAUACAAAGCUGGCAAAAGAAUCAGCGGCGUGUACACAAUCGACCCUGAUGGUGAAGGUGCCUUUGAAGUGUUCUGUGAUCAAAAAACAAGCGGAGGGGGGUGGACAGUGUUCCAAAAGAGACUGGACGGCUCGGUUUCUUUCUACAAUCACUGGGAUGACUACAAAAAUGGGUUUGGUAACCUGAAUGGUGAGUUCUGGCUUGGAUUGGACAAGAUUUACCGCCUGACGGAAAAGAAACGCAACCGGCUUCGAGUUGAUCUGGAGGAAACUACAGGCUACACUGCUUACGCUGAAUAUGACAUGUUUGCAGUUACAAACGAAGCGACUAAAUACAAGCUCAUUCUAGGAAAUUACUCAGGUAUCGUGCUUGGAAUGUAUUUAAUUUUGAUGUAAAGUAUUUUGUCUUCGUGUCUUAAUUAUUCGUUCAAAGCUUGGUUGUUAGCGGUUUCUUGACUUCUUGCAAACUUGAAAACUCUAGGAAGUUUCAAAAGGAGCUCAGUUACUUUUCCAAACGUAGCCCCCCUCUUGUACUUCAAUGCUAGAUUAUAUUCAGGUAUUCUACUCCAAACAUUCCUGGUAAAAUGACCUUGUAUGACCCCUAGGAACUGCUGGUGACUCAUUAACGAGGUGGCAUCGAAACCAGCCGUUUAGCACUAGAGACCAAGAUCAUGAUGCCGGCCCACGUAACUGCGCCGUGGUCUACAGAGGAGCCUGGUGGUACUAUCGUUGCCAUCAUUCAAACUUGAAUGGUUUUUAUUACAACGGUUCACAUUCAUCAUAUGGUGAUGGUGUCAACUGGAAUGCAUGGAAAGGAUAUCACUACUCUGCCAAGAGAGCUGAGAUGAAAAUCAGACCGGUCAACUUUUAG